AUGACGCUCCUCGUUCAGCCCAUUGGCGUUAGGACGACCGCGGGAGCCGGAUCUCGGCCCGGCGCGCGGCACGGCGGUCGCCUCGGCGCCGCUCCCGCGCCCCGCGCAUGCUCCCGGUCGGAGCCACGACUCGGCGCCGAGGCGACCCGCGCGCGCUCCGUCAGGGCGCGCGUGUUCGCGCGUCGCGCGUCGCCGCGCGAGAUCCGCCCCGUCCACCGCCUCGGCGAUCACGCGCGUUUGGUCUCGCCCCAACACGCGGCGAGGGGCCCCUCCGCGGCGCACGCGGCGUCGAACCGCGACGACGACAAGGACGCGUCGAGCUCGUCGCCGUCCGGAACCUCCGGGGUCGGGGAGGACGCGGCGUCGGGGGAAUCGGCGUCGACGGGCUCCGGCGCGGGCGCCAAGGACGACGCGAAAGCUGAGGAUGAUCAAUCCACCGAGACGUCGGCGAUCGGCGCGGAGGCGGCGGCGAGCGGCCCGCCCGCGAGCAAGCUACGCGACGACGACAAGGGCAAGCGGGGGGCGUCCAAGGAUCUCGACAAGAUGGGGCGCCCGAGGGAUUUCGCCACGUGGUUCCGGCUCCUCUUCCAGCCCAUGCGCCUGUUCACCGUGGGCAUGAACACCUUCCUCUUCUUCUUCGCCGCCAACUUGUUCCACAACCACCAGGACAAGGCGCCCGGCACGCACAUGGUGCCCGUCACCUACAGCAGGUUCCUGGAAGAUGUCAAGAACGACGAGGUCAAGUACCUGAAGGUUGACGGCGCCUACCUCACGUGGAAGCCCAAAACCCCUUACGUCAUCAAGCAACCGGGCGUGGGGCCCAUGGGAAUGACCGAGAAUAAGAUCGAGGUGGCGUACAGCGCGGCGAGGCCCGAGGACGCCAGGGUGCCCUACGAGCAGCUCUCCAAGAACAAGGUUGAGUUUGGCGCGCUGGACAAGCGGUACCAGUCGCAGCGCAACCUCAACACGUUCAUCACCGUCUUCAUCGUGGGGAUGGCCAUGGUCCAGUUCAGCCGGAUGGGCCAGAACCGCGACGGCGCGCGCGGGGGAGGCAUGGGCGGCGGGAUGAUGCGAGGCAUGGGCGGCGGCCCCAACACCAGCGCGGGCCGGAUGACGGGCGGCAAGCAGCGCGGCGCCCUGCCCCCGCCCUCCACCACCUUCAACGACGUCGCCGGCGUGGACGAGGCCAAGGAGGAACUUCAGGAGAUUGUCGACAUCCUCAAGAGGCCCGAGCACUACACCAGGCUCGGCGCCAGGCCCCCCUGCGGCGUCCUGCUCGUGGGCGCGCCCGGCACCGGCAAGACUUUGCUCGCCAGGGCCGUCGCGGGCGAGGCUGGCGUUCCCUUCAUCAGCGUCUCGGCUUCCGAGUUUGUGGAGCUGUACAUGGGCAUGGGCGCGGCUCGCGUCAGGGACGUGUUCGCGCGCGCCAGGGAGCAGGCGCCCGCGAUCGUGUUCAUCGACGAGAUCGACGCCGUCGCCAAGGGCAGGAGCGACGGGCGUCUGCGGGGCAUGGGGAACGACGAGCGCGAGCAGACGCUCAACCAGCUGCUCACCGAGCUGGACGGUUUCGACGACGAGCACCUCGUGAUCUGUCUCGCCGCGACGAACAGGGCGGACACCCUGGACAGCGCGCUGAAACGCCCCGGGCGGUUCGAUCGCACGGUGAGCGUGGAGAGGCCGGAUAAGCAGGGGCGCAAGGAGAUCCUCGGGGUUCACAUCGGCGCGAGGAACUUGCCCAUGCGCGAGGGGCUGGACGUCGACGAGAUUGCGUCGAUGACGGCUGGGUUCACGGGCGCCGAGCUGGCGAACCUCGUGAACGAGGCGGCGCUGCUCGCGGGCAGGACCGGCGCCACCACCGUCGGCAAGGAGGACUUCGAAUCCGCGGUCCUUCGCACGGUGGCGGGCAUCGAGAAGAAGAGGUCCAUCCUGUCCGCGGCUGAGAAGGUCAUCGUCUCGGCGCACGAGGUUGGCCACGCCGUCGUGGGCACCGCGGUGGGCAACCUCAUCCCGGGAACGUCCAGGCCCGAGCAGCUGUCCAUCGUGGCGCGAAGCGGCGGCGCACUCGGGUUCACCUACAUCCCACCCGGGGAGGAGGACCGCAAGCUCAUGUUCGCCGACGAGCUCCGCGGCCGGCUGGUCACACUCAUGGGCGGGCGAGCGGCGGAGAUUGUCGCGUGCUCCAGGGUGUCCACGGGCGCGCUCGACGACAUCCAGCGCGCGACCGACUUGGCGUACAAGUCCAUCGCCGAGUACGGCCUAUCGCCGACGGUCGGGCCCGUGUCCGUGCCCACGCUCUCGCAAGGGGGCCGCGAGGACAUCUUCGGAGGCGGCGCGGACGCGUCGCAGGUUGAGCGCCAGGUUGAGGGCGAGGUGAAGGAUGCGCUCGUGUCGGCGCUCUACGUGGCGAAGGAGAUCCUCGUCGCGAACCGCAAGGUUCUCGACGACGUCACCGGGGAGUUGAGCGAGAAGGAGAAGGUCAUGGGCGAUGAGUUGCAGGCGUGGUUGGACGACGUCAAGGCUGUGCCCACGUUGGAGAGGUUCCUCAGGGGCGAGAACGUGCUGCCGCCGGAGGAGUCGCCGCUGUGGCACAUGCUGCCGCUGCCGACAGUCGCGGGCAAGGACAAGCGGGGCGGGAACGGUCCCGCCGCGGGCGCGAGGUAG